GUUUACGGCGAGUGGGGAGAGAAGAAGAUUGAUCUUUGGCGCUCCUUCCUCCAAGAAGGUCAUGUGGUCAUCGAAGUCGGUGCUCAUGUCGGUACUUUGACCUUGCCCCUGGCCCAGUUGGUGGGCGACAGGGGACGCGUGGUAGCCUUCGAGCCCUUCUACCCCUCCUUUGCUGCUUUGGUGGCCAACACCGCGUUAAAUGGCCUGGAGAACGUGGAGGUGCAUCGGGCAGUGGUGGCACAUGAAGCUGGGCACAUGAUAAUGGAUCGUGGUCUCCUGGCAUUCCAGCAGCACGACUUCUUCAACUAUGGCUCCAUGGGCUUCCAAGGCGUCGAGAUCCGACCUAUGGUUGAGAGGCCUGCAGUGCAUUGGGACGUCUAUGCAGUCAUGAAGCUGGACCCUUGGGUGGUGGAUGUGUGCUCGAGAAACCAUCAAGUUUCAGGUGUAAACCUCCUUCAAGAACGGUUUGGCAAGGAGCUGGUGCUUCUAGUUUGA